UAGGCUGCCCCAGCACAUAUAUAAACUGAGUCCCGAGCUUCAGUGCACCCUCAGGGCGCCUGGCCACCAUGUGGAUGCUCGUGCCCAUCGCUUUUGCUGGAAAGCUGCUGAGCACCUUCAGGAAGUCUCUGAGCUCUCUAUGGGGCAGCGUGGUCCCCUGGUUCUUCUGGCUCAGGUCAGCGGUCUGGCUGGCAAGGGGCAAGAGCACCCGGCCGCUGCAGCUGGGCCAGGGUGAACUGCAGGAGAGCAGAGGGGAGGAGGAGGAGGGCCCGGACCAGCCCACCAAGCCCACCAGCGUCAACUACCACUUCACCCGCCAGUGCAACUAUAAGUGUGGCUUCUGCUUCCACACGGCCAAGACAUCGUUUGUGCUGCCCCUGGCCGAGGCCAAGCGAGGGCUGCGGCUGCUGCAGGAAGCCGGGAUGGAGAAGAUAAACUUUUCAGGCGGAGAGCCGUUUAUUCAUGACCGGGGCGAGUACCUGGGCAAGCUGGUGCAGUUCUGUAAAGAGGAGCUGCGGCUGCCCAGCGUGAGCAUCGUGAGCAACGGGAGCCUGAUCCGGGAGCGCUGGUUCCAGAACUACGGUGAGUACCUGGACAUCCUUGCCAUCUCCUGUGAUAGCUUUGAUGAGCAAGUCAAUGUCCUCAUCGGCCGUGGUCAAGGAAAGAAGAACCACGUGGAAAAUCUUCAGAAACUGAGGGCGUGGUGUCGAGAUUAUAGAGUGGCCUUUAAAAUAAAUUCUGUCAUCAAUCGAUUCAACGUGGACGAGGAUAUGAGGGAAGAGAUUCAAGCCCUGAACCCUGUCCGCUGGAAAGUCUUCCAGUGUCUGCUGAUUGAGGGGGAGAAUUCUGGAGAGGAUGCUCUGAGGGAAGCGCAGCAAUUCGUUAUCAGCGAUGAGGAAUUUGAAGGAUUCUUAGACCGCCACAAAGAGGUGUCCUGUUUGGUGCCCGAGUCUAACCAGAAGAUGAAAGAUUCCUACCUCAUUCUGGAUGAGUAUAUGCGCUUCUUGAAUUGUAGGAAUGGGCGGAAGGACCCUUCCAAGUCGAUCCUGGAUGUUGGGGUAGAAGAAGCUAUCAAAUUCAGUGGAUUUGAUGAAAAGAUGUUUCUGAAGCGAGGAGGAAAAUAUGUAUGGAGCAAGGCAGAUCUGAAGCUGGACUGGUAGAGCCGAAAGCGCAGCAAGCUUCAACCCACCCCUGGGGACUCUUGCUCAGACUCAAGGUGUGGCAACUUCCAGCAGCGGCGCUUCCUGUAGGCAUUUUGCAGUGGCCCCAGAUGUGAUUUUCUGUUGCACAGGCUCUCCGAUUAUCUGUGGUAACUGAACACACAAAUCACUUGGGUAAUUGAAAUCCAUGAUAAUGCAAAAC